AUGCCAUCCUCGGCAGGGCAAACCUCCCAAACCUUGUACCAGGGGCUCUUGGACAAGACCAAGGAGUGCAAAAUUACAGAAAACAAAUACAUCCCCGAAAAAGAGCUCUUCGAGAUCGUGACGCUGCCUAGAGUCAAGUCCGACCUUCGCUCGACCUGGAGCUGGCUGCGCUUGUCACUCUUUAAACGGGGCUUUGAGACCAAACUCCUUCAGGCCAAGAAAGUGAUUGCUAUUCUCGCCAUCCUUGGUCAGCUCAAUGAGAGAUCUCUCAACGCCCUGAUCGCGAACUCCUUGACAGACGAUGACCUCCCCUUCACCAAGGAUCCCACUUUGCAAACCCGUCACGGAAGGGCCGUCACUUUCCCUGGCUGGGACGAGGCUGUAAUAGAUUCAUUCCAGGAAAAGCAAUGGAUGAUUGUCGCGCCAAUGCUGGACCUCAAAGACGGCUCUCCCAUUCAAGCGAAGCUGCACCAGCGAUGCGCCCUGCAGUUGUUGAUGCCCAACUGCGAAAACAAGGGAAACACACAAUUCAGCCGCGUCUUUUUUGCUGAGAUUCCUUCUCGAAAGGAGGGGGUAGAGCCACGUCGUGUCGCUGUGAAGCAUUUUCCAUUCCUCACCAAAACUUACACCUAUGAACAUGAGAAGGCAAAUCUUGACAAGAUCAAAAAUGUCAACAAUGUUCAUUUGAUAAAGAAUCUAGCUUCUUGUGAUGGGAUUCACUGCCUCAUUUUUCCAUGGGCUGAGCACGGAGACUUGAAGCAAUACUGGGAAGAUGAGUCUGACUCUGACCGAUCACUACCCGUUUUCAUCUGGUCCAUUGAGCAGUUGGCCGGGCUUGCGUCUGCUUUGAGGGACCUUCAUGGAGUCAACUGCCGUCACGGAGAUCUGAAACCAUCCAAUAUCUUCUACUUCAAAGAUGACGGUGGCAUCCUCAAGAUUGCCGACCUGGGCGUAUCCAAGGUACACAGCAUCGCGACGGAUCAACGCAGAGGCGAGACUGUUACGACUGCAUCGACUAGAGCCUAUGAAGGCCCAGAAGCUUACGCGCCGACCAACAUUCCAAGGUCGCGCAAGUACGACUGCUGGUCAAUGGCAUGUGUCAUCCUGGAGUUCGUCGUCUGGCUACUAUACGACCAUCGCGCACUUGAGGGGUUCCACUCAUCACGGGACACACAGUGGAACAGCUUCUACCGCCCCAAGAUUCCCCAUCCCACUUCCGAAGACCAGAGCACAGAGUGGUGGGAGAAUAUGGAAAGACAUCCCAAGGUCGACGAGGUCAUCCAGCUGCUUCGCAAGGAUGAACGAGUCAUGGGCACCGCAUUGGAAGAACUCGUGGAUCUCGUUGAUUCAAAGAUACUUUUGAUCAAUCCAGAGAAUCGACUCGAGGCUGCCAAAAUUGCCAAAGAGCUUCACGACCUUGUUGAACGGUGCAAGAUGGGACAGACACCAUGGGUGAACAACGCUGAUGCUCCAUCGGAAGUUCCAGCAAUUUUCAGGCAAGAAGCGCCAAAGACUCAAAGCGCCACUUAUGAGUAG